CAGCCAUCCUCGCAUCAAUCGAUACUCACAUCGAGCCCUUCCUUCGAUUCCCCUGUGUAGAGCUCCUCGUCGCCCCUCUGACACGUCCCACAUCCCCCCCUCAAAGAGGCCCACAAUAAUGGUCCUCCCAGUCGCCUCUGGCUCCGGCACCGGCACCGGCGGCACAGGCGCCAACGGGGACAAAGAUAAAGACGAGCAACAGCUAAGCACCGCGGACCGCAUCGAAGAGCUCACAUCGCCCACUGCCCUUCGCAAGCUGGUCCUCAGCUAUCUCCUCCACCAUUGCUACAUCGACACUGCCCACGCAUUUGCCAGAGAUGGAGCUUCCACCCCCUCUGCGUCGAAUGAUGGGCUCCUCGCGGAACUGGAACAGGAGCGAGAGACGGCUAGAGGAGAGGCUGCAGCGGCUACCCCCGUGCCCAGUUUAGGGUACAGCAACGCUCCCCUUGGUGGUUCCACUGGCGGUAGCACACCUAGAGCAGGAGGCAGCAGUUCAGGCUCGAGGGGUACACACCCGCUCUCGGCUCCUCCGCUCUCGAGGCAAGACUCAUCGAUGGAGGUGGAGGGCGAUCACCUCCUCGCCUCCGCAUCAUCCUCUUCGACGUACAAUGUUCGAAGUGGUGCAAGUGGGACCAUACCUGGAGGCCCUGGUCCGAUUGACGAAGAUGCCGAGAUGGGAGAGGCAGGCAUUCACGAUGGAGAGGAAGAUGGUGGGAGUGCCACCUACGAUGGCACCAAUGGCAAUGGAGCUACUCACAGCGGGGAACUCGGAUCUGAGCUCUCCGACGAAGACCUACAGAGCGUACGCUUGAGGCAAGAGAUCCGCGAUCAUAUCCUGGCCGGUCGGAUACGUCACGCUACCGAAGUUCUCAACACCCACUUCCCCACAGUCCUCAAUGCUGAAGAACGACCCACCUACGCACGUAGCAAGCCAAGCAAGGCAAAUGGGUCUAUCUGGAGCCUGCCUUCGGGUCCCACUUCCCUCGAGCCAGAACAUCUCGCUCUCAACCUCCAGAUCCAAGCAUUCAUCGAGUCGGUGCGGUCGGCGAAUACACCGAGCAACGGCGUGGGAAGUAUGAUGCUCUCGCACUCUUCGCUGACGAGCAACGGUCACAGCAGCAGCGCGACAGCGUCCAAGGAUGCUGGUCUACGAGCUUCCUCACCAGCUCCUCACAACAUGGCCCAGUCCGCACCAGGUAUCGCUGCCGCAACCAUCUCCCGCUCUUCUUCUCCCGCGCCGUCCUCCGUAUCGUCCGCCUCCUCAUCAGCUUCCCACCCUUCGGGAGGGAUGCCCACUGCUCUGCAGUCUGCUCUAGGCAAUGCCCAGCUCCUGUACGCUUCUGUCCAGCGGCUGAGGAAUGGACCUUAUAAGGAGCUCUACAAGAAGGAGCUGGAGUCUGUCACUGCUAUCCUGGCUUAUAAGGAUUUGGAGAGGAGCCCACUGAAGAAGUACCUAGAUGUCAAGAGGAGAAAGUCCUUGGCGGAUCAGAUCAAUAGCGCCAUCAUGUUCCGGACAGGUCGCCCCUCUCAACCACUCAUCGAAUCUGCCGUGCGUCAAACGACUUUUGUCUGGUCUCAGCUACACAACGAGCACGUCGCCAUCCCACAGGAUCAUCCUGCCUACCAGAAGGGAGCUAGACCCAGCGGCAGCAACGGGAGCAACAACGGCGGCGGCGCUGGCGGUGGUGCUGGUCCGAUUUCUGGUUUCGGAUUGGGACGAGGGGAAGAGGCUUGGAUGCAGGAUAGUGGGGCAGACAAAAAGGGGAAGACAAAGGUGCCAUCAACAUUCUACCUCCCUGCCUUUCUGGCCGAGAGGUGAGAUGGAGUCUGCACUAGUCAGCUAGUAGCGACCGCGAAGAGGUCGUUUAUCCCCCUUUGGCUUUCACCCUGUACAAUCGUCCCUUUCCAUUUGCGCAUCAAGGCUCACUUUCCCUCCCUCUUUCUCCUCUAUUCGUGCUCGUGUACCAAGAACCACCAUCACUCUGGUCCUCAAUCGGCCAAGGCUCGCACAUACAUACAUGCAUACAUACACAGACGUAAAUAUAAACAGAUGGGGACUAUGACUGAAGAUGCUACAUGAGAAGAACCAAA